UUGAUAGCAGUAAAAUUACCGAUGAUUUAGCCCAAGAAUUACAAAAUAUUGAUAAUCCUCACAAUCCCACGAGAAUUAUUGUUGCGGUUGGGAUGCUAAAAGAGGCCACUUUUAUCGAACAAAUUAUUGGUCGGGGUUUGCGUUUACCUUUUGGCAAGCAUACUUCCAAAGAAGCCUUAAAUACUUUGGAAAUCAUAAUGCAUGAUAACUUUCAAGAAUUAUUAAAUGUUCGUAAAACUCUGAAAAGUAAAUUUUUUGGACUGGCGGGAGAGGAAAAUAUAGUAGAUAGCAGUAGAUAUCCGAAAAACGACCCUGAUAAUUCUGUUUCCCAUUCACCAGAAGAAAAUAGUUCUAGCCAAAGCAUUUUCAAUCCUCAAAAUCUAGAUGAGCGAGAAAGGGAAAUCUUACAAGAAAGUAAAGAAGUAGUUCCGCCAAGAAUAAAAGAGAAAUUUGCUAUUAAAAUCCUCCGACAGAAAAUUCAACCCAAAAACUUUUCUUUAAAAAUAAUCGAAAUUAAAGGGUUAGGUAAAAGGUUCAAAGAAUUAGGAGAAAAAGAUGAGGAAUUUACUAUUGAAGCAACCCAACAACUUCCCGAAGAGGAGAAAAUCAAAAGAAAACUAAUUCAAGUUAUUUUCCGAAAAUGUUCUUUUAUUAAUUCGGCUAAUCCGGUAGAAAUUGAUUCAGCCAAUCGCUUAGUAGACAAGUUUUUACAAGCCAGCAAUUUAGAAAUAGUGUCUCAGUAUUGGGAAGCUGCUGGCGAGCAAUUAGCCAGGUUAAUUCAAACUAUUUUUAAGGAAUUACAUGUUGGGGAAAAUCAUCCCGGGCAAGUGGUAAUUGAGAAAUCUUUUGGCUAUUUCCGUCCCAGUUGUGAAGUUGUUGCCAAAAAUUUAGAGGAAGAAUUUGUAAAAAAGAGUAAAGUAGAAAUUAAAGACGACAAUAAUCCUAACCCCGAAAUAGAGGAGAAAAAUCAGGCG